CUUACAGAUUAACGUGUCUGGAUCUCUGGAUCGGCCGAGUCGACGAAGACGAGACGCAUGCGCAGAUUUUCCGCUCGAGAUUAAGUCAACAGCUCAAUAACCAAACCAAACAACACAACACAGCACAGCACAAAACAAAAAUUAAACGUGCAAACAGACGUCGAGGCAUCUCACUCUCUAUCUCCGUCUCUACAUGAGACUCAUUCUCUAUCUCUGUCUCUGUCUCCGGCUACGGCUCUGACAGCGGCUCAUUUAAAGGCAACGCGUCUUGCCGUUAAUCGUUCAGAACAUUUCAAGCUGUGCGAGUGAGCGAACCAGCCAAACUAACCGCAAAAAACAGCAAUAAGAAAAGAAUAAUAAAAUAAAAACAAUAAUAAAAAUAAUAAAAUAAUAUUAUUAAGUGCUUGACGAAAAUGUCUUAAAAACCAAGCCAAGCGACGUGCUUGACCACAAUUACAAAAAUUUCGACUUUUGCAACGCUCUCGACUGAGAUUUUGAGUGCAACUCGCGUCUAAUCCGCCAAAAGACUGUACUAGAUUAACAUAACUAUUUAAAUAUAUAGAGUAACAUAUAUAAAACACACACAAUGUCUGCAUCGAAGGAAGCGAUUUGCUCGAGUUCCGAAAAGGAUCCGGAGAAGCCUCAGCUGGGCUGGGCAACCACCCGCUACUUUGUCACAUUCAUGCUCUUCCUGGGCAUGGCCAAUGCGUACGUGAUGCGCACCAAUAUGUCCGUGGCCAUUGUGGCGAUGGUGAACCAUACGGCCAUUCAGAAGGGCGAGGAGAUCCUCGACGAUGAGUGCGGCGAUCGGGAACUGGAAGUCGACAAUGGCGAAGAUGGCGAGUUCGCUUGGAGUUCCAGUUUGCAGGGCUAUAUACUGUCCUCCUUCUUCUACGGCUAUGUGAUCACGCAGAUUCCUUUCGGCAUAUUGGCCAAGAAAUACGGUGCUCUGCGGUUCCUCGGCUGGGGCAUGCUCAUAAACUCCGUGUUCGCCUUCCUGGUGCCUGUGGCGGCUCGCGAAGGCGGAGUCUACGGCCUCUGCGCUGUCCGCUUCAUCCAGGGCCUGGGCGAGGGUCCCAUUGUGCCCUGCACGCACGCUCUCCUGGCCAAGUGGAUACCACCCAAUGAACGCUCCCGCAUGGGCGCUGCGGUCUACGCGGGUGCUCAGUUUGGUACGAUUAUCUCGAUGCCACUGUCUGGCCUGCUGGCUGAGUACGGCUUCUCCGGUGGCUGGCCCUCGAUCUUCUAUGUGUUUGGCGUGGUGGGAACAGUGUGGUCCAUUGCCUUCCUCAUUUUCGUCUUUGAGGAUCCCUCAGCACAUCCUCGCAUCGACGAGCGUGAGAAGCGCUACAUCAACGACUCCCUCUGGGGCACAGAUGUGGUCAAGAGCCCGCCCAUCCCGUUCAAGGCCAUCAUGAAGUCGCUGCCCUUCUACGCGAUUCUGUUCGCUCACAUGGGUCACAACUAUGGCUAUGAGACCCUGAUGACGGAACUGCCCACCUACAUGAAGCAGGUGCUACGCUUCUCCCUGAAGUCCAACGGCUUGCUCAGCUCCCUGCCCUACCUGGCCAUGUGGCUGUUCUCCAUGUUCAUUUCGGUGAUUGCGGAUUGGCUGAUCAGCUCGAACCGCUUCUCGCUGACGGCCACCAGGAAGAUCAUCAACAGCAUUGGCCAGUAUGGACCCGGCCUGGCUCUGAUUGCCGCCUCGUACACGGGCUGCGAUCGCGCCUUGACUCUGGCCAUACUCACGAUUGGCGUUGGCCUCAAUGGCGGCAUCUACUCGGGCUUCAAGAUCAACCACUUGGACCUGACGCCGCGCUUCGCGGGCUUCCUCAUGGCCAUCACGAACUGCUUGGCCAAUCUGGCGGGUCUGCUGGCGCCAAUUGCUGCGGGCAAUCUGAUCAACGAUAAGCCCACGAUGGGACAGUGGCAGAUUGUCUUCUUCAUCGCCGCGUUCGUGUACAUCAUUUGCGGCACCUUCUACAACAUCUUCGGCUCCGGCGAGCGCCAGUUCUGGGACAAUCCCGACAACGAUGAGCAGAAGCCGAGCCUGGAGAGCAACAGCGGCACGAACCAUGAGACACCAAUCGGAAGGCUGAGCAAUGGCAAUUCAGCGCCGCUGGCCAUCACUGCCAGCGAGUCUAGGCAGUAAUUACCAUUACACUGUACUACACUACACUACACUACACUAUACAGAAGAUAGUUUAAGUUAUUAAUUUAGUUAGUUAUACUCUAAGCGAAAAGUUGUUGUUACCGCAUUAGCAUUGCCCGAAGCCUUAGAGUUCAAGCAACAGCAUUGAGAAAGACAAUAAUCGUCAGUGGCCCACAAAAUUUCAAUACAAGUUUGAUUUGAUCUGAGCACAAAACAA